GAUAGUAUUCACUAUUCAACAUUCCACAAGACAAAGAAAAUCCUCUCUCAUCUGUCCUGCUGGAGCUCGUAGUAGCGUUUUCUCCACCCACGUUUUCAUGGAGUCAAUCCUUCAAUCUCACCCAAUUUCUCGCCUCAAAAUUCAAACUCAAAACUCACAAAUCAAGAAUAAAACUCGAAUUACAAUCUGCAAAUUCAAACGAUUCUGAGGAAAAACAAGAAAACGGGAAUAUCAUGGUGAGACAACUUAAAUUGUCCCGAACAUUUCGAUCGAUAAAGCCACAUUCUACUCCAAACCCUAACCCUAACCCUAACCCUAAAAUUGAGCUUGAUAAGCUCUCAGAAAUCGAAUCAGAAUCAUCAAAAGUCUCUUCUUGGUGUGUUUAUCUCAUCGCUUCUACAAAUCCCCCUUUCAAGACUUACGUCGGCGUUACUACCAAUUUCUCUCGCCGUCUAAAACAACACAACGGUGAGCUUAAAGGAGGGGCUAAAGCAUCUCGAGCUGGAAGGCCUUGGAUUUGUGCUUGCCUUGUUCAAGGUUUCAGGAAUCAGAGUGAAGCUUGCGAGUUUGAAUCAAAGUGGAAAAAUAUCUCGAGAAAAUUACCCCGAAAGCAGAAAUCUGUAGACAAGAAGGGGUUAGAGAAUAAGGGCCGGCUAUUGUUGCAACACAGACAUGCAGCUAUGGAAAAGCUAAUGCAUUCAUAUGACUCUGGUCAUAUAGAAAUCGAAUGGCAAUUAAGUUAUUCUUAAUCAAUUAGAUUUUUUUGAAUCUCUGACUUGAUUUUAUAUUUAUUCAAUAUAUAAUUGUAUAUGGCAAAAAAAUGAAGAUAUAUCAACAACCUGGUUCUUGUGCAAGUUCCUUCAUCAUGUUUCUUUUAUCUUGUUUUCGUUUCUCUACCAUUCUUUUAUUGGCUGAUCUGGAGAUCAGCUGGAGUUUUUUAAGAUACUAA